UCUAAUUGAGGUGGGCGUGUUUACACUGAUCAUCAUGACAACAGAGGGAGUGUUUGCUGGUUGUCAGGUAGUCCUUGACCUCAGCACCAGUGUAGGUUUCAAGAAGAAACAGGAAGUCAGGAAAACCAUCACAAACAAUGGUGGAAUUAUCUCGUACAUUGUCACAAAAAAGAGUACCCAUGUUGUGCUCAAUGAUCCAGAGAAAGCUGAUGUCAGCUACAAAUGUAAAAUGGCUGAGAAGUUCCGAAUCCCCGUGGUGUCCCUCGAUUUUAUUUUUGACUGUGUUGACCAGGGGAAGCAACUCAACACUGACAAUUAUCUCCUAGUGGGUAAAACGAAGGCCCAGGAAUUCAGCAGCGGCAAAAUUAUGGCUGGGAAAUCUGGACCUAAACCUGAGGGGAAAAAGAAGAAAACGGUGUCUAGUUUUAAUCCGAAGUCGGUGAGAGUUUGGCAGGAGAGGGAUAAGAACAUGCCCCAGUUUGAUGACGGAAGUGAAUUGGCCAAAUUUGCCAUGCUUCAGAAAUAUGACAAGAAAACACAAAUAACACAGUUCUGUGUGUUAGAGAUUCAUGCAUCCAGAAGAGUUAUUGCCCUUGACAACAAGGAACAGUCCCCUAGGUUCUGUAUUUGCUCUCACCUUGGCAGUGUGCAGGAAGUACAGGACAAGCCAGGUAGUGGCACUAGAGAGUUCCGUUUUGUACAGACAUCGGAGGAAGCCCUGAGUGUGUUUAGUGCCCUCUAUAAACAGAUGACAGAGUCCCCUAAUGGCAUGACCAUCUGUCGGAAACCCCCAUGUCAGAAUAUAGGAUCAAAGAAAUUCCAAAAGAUGAUGGUGGAGUAUGGUAUGGAGGAUACAGAGUUAUCUACCCCUGUGAAGGAGUUGAUGCAUCACAUCUGGCAGGAAGCUGGGGGCGAGAUAGAGGAAAUCUUAAGUAGCCCACUACAGUCACUGAAACUGGACCAGGUGGAGAAGGCGACGGCCAUUUUGUCAGAGAUGAAGGAACACCAAUCAGAUGAGAGUAAGCUACAGAGUCUGUUUACAGAAUUCUACUCCACCCUCCCCCACAAUCCCCAGCACAAGACAAUGACCUUCACCAUGUCGUGGCUGGCCAGAAAACUGGACCUUUGUCAGCUGAUUAAGGAUGUGGUGUCAGUAAGUGAAGGCACAGACUGGUCUACGCGGGGGAACACGGAGGCCCAGUAUAAAGCCCUCCGAUGUCAGAUAUCACACGUCUCCGGGGGUCUCCCAACACCAGUCAAAAAUGUCCUCAAUCUGAAAGAUGAAGAUAAGUUGAAUGUUCAGAAUGUUUACGCCGUUCAUCGUCCUGGAGAAAGUGAGGUGUUCCGGUCAGAUUUGGAUCAUAGACUUCUCUUUCAUGCAUCCAAUGUGGAGAAUUUUGUUGGAAUUCUAUCCAGAGGUCUCUUGAUGCCAAAGAUCGUUGUCGAUGACUACGGAGGGAAGAGAACAGACCCAGGAAUGCUGGGAAAUGGAAUUUAUUUUGCCAGUUCUGCCAGCACAAGCAUAAAAUACUCAAAGCCAAGUAAAACCCGGAACACACGAAUGAUGCUAGUCAAUCUGGUGGCACUGGGGAAUACAAUGGACGUCUACACGUAUCAGAGGGACCUGACAGCUCCACCUAGUGGCUAUGACAGUGUUCACGGAGUGGCAGCUUCUGAGGGUGUAGAAUCAGACUUUAAGGAUGAUGAGUAUGUAGUGUACAAUACAAACCAGCAGAUGUUGAGUUAUUUAGUGGAGUUUACCGUGGGAGGGGAGAUACCAGACGAGCUGUCGAUGGAGGAGGAGAUAGAAAGGGAGACAACUGACUCAGACACUGAUGUUGACAUCAAUGAUGUAAAAAAUGUGACAGACCCUCUGACAAAGGUCAAGGUCGGACUGGUAUCCAAUGAUGACACUCCUGUAUCUCUCAUAGAAGCCCACAUUAGAGCAAAGUUGAUUGACCUUGCAGGAGAGGUUGUAGUUCUACAAGAGUACCACAACAACAGUGACAAAGCUCUGGAAGCCAAGUAUGUCUUCCCUCUGGAUGAUAUGGCUGCUGUCUGUGGGUUUGAGGCCUUCAUCAAUGGUAAACACAUCAUAGGGGAGGUGAAAGAGAAAGAGACAGCACAUAAAGAAUACAAACAGGCCAUAAAGGAGGGGCACGGUGCAUACCUUAUGGACCAAGAUGAAGAAACACCAGAAGUUUUUACGGUGAGUGUAGGAAACCUUCCCCCUAAGGCUACAGUCAUCAUUAAGAUCACCUACGUCACAGAGCUACAGGUCGAGUGGGAACUCAUCAACUUCCGUCUCCCUGGCAGCGUGGCGCCGUGGAAACAGAAGUAUGUUGAUGCUCCAGAAUUCAAAGACAAGGACUGGGAUACAGUACAAGUCGAGGACACUGACUGCAGUGUACAGGUUUACGUGGACAUGCCUUUUGACAUCAGGAGUCUGGAAUGUCCAACUCACAAAAUACUUGUUAAGAGAACUGCCACUAAAGCUACUGUAGAGAUGAAAGAGGACCAGACAAUAGAAGAUGGCUUCCAGCUGCUGAUUGGUCUAGCAGAGAUACAUGUGCCGCGGAUGUGGGUGGAAUCGGAUGAAGGCGAAGAUUCACAGGCCUGUAUGCUGACCUUUUACCCUGAGUUUGAGGCUGAGGAGGAGUCAGAGGUUGAGGUCAUUUUGAUGAUUGACAGCUCCAACUCCAUGAAAGGCUCCGCCCUACAACAAGCCAAGAAGGCUGCUCUAUUGACUCUUCACCUCAUGGAGUCCAGUUGGAGGUUUAAUGUGGUGUCUUUUGGAACAGCUUUCCAAGAGCUUUUCCCAUCCAGUCAGCCUGCUAGUAAAUCCAACAUACAGACAGCAAAACAGUUCAUACAGAGGCUGCAAGCAGAUCAGGGUAACACAGAACUUUGCCGACCUUUGAACUCUUACUACCUCCUAAAGCCAGAGAGUUACACCAGAAAUUUAUUCCUUAUCUCUGAUGGCCAUAUCAACAAUGAGGAGACUACUCUGUCCAGAAUCACCCAAAAUUACCAGCAUACAAGGGUCUUUACAUUAGGGGUCAGCUCUGUGGCUAAUCGUCACAUACUGAAAGCUGUUGCCAGAGUAGGAGCAGGGUCAUUUGAGUUUUACGACUCCAAGUUCAAAUCGAAGUGGGAGGAUAAGAUCAAGUCCCAGUUACAGAAAGCUGCCCAACCAGUGUUGACCUCUGUGUCUGUUGAUUGGCGCCAUGACGACCAACACCCAGCUCCCAUCCAAGCUCCGCAGCAAAUAACAGCUCUGUUCAGUGGGUCCCGACAAGUCAUCUACGGCUUUGUGGACAAUUGUUACAUGGCAACUCUGAAAGCAGAAGUCGGAGGUCAAGAGAUAUCAACUGUUGUGUCGACCUCUGACCUUAGUGUCACAAAGGGCAAGAUGCUGCACAGACUGACUGCGAAAGGGGUGAUAAGAGAUUGGGAAGAUGGAGUUCUUUCCCCUGACAGGACAGGACAUGAGGUGAAGAAAAUGAAUCUGAAGCAGUAUAUUAUAGAGUUGAGUAAGAAAUACACCAUAGUCACUUCACUCACCAGCUUUGUCGCCAUCGAGAAACGAGAAAAGGAUGAGGUUAUCCCUGAGGAUGCUCCAGAUAUUUGGGACCUCCUGGAAAAUGAGGAUGUAGAUCAGCUAAAGUAUUUAUCAUGGGAAGGAGAGGAGGAUGAGAGUUCAGAGAGCUCAAGCGAUGAAGGAGAAACGGAAGAGUCUUCCACAGAAGGUGAGGGAGAAGGGGAAGAGGAGGAAGAAGAAUGUGAGGAAGAAGGAAGAAAGAAAUCACAUCAUCUUACAGCAGAGGAGGAGGAUGAGGAAGAAUAUGAAGAUGCCUACAAAGCCUUUCAAAUUGUAGAACCGGAUUGCAUGGAAGAAGGUAUGGACAUUGAAGAGGAUGAUGACGUAUAUAUGGAUUCUGUGGAGGCAUCACCAGUCGUGAUGGACAUGGGUUCACUUUUGAUGAAGGCGGGAUUUGCUGGAGACCACGCCCCCCGAGCAGAAUUUGAGACAACUGUUGGACGUCCCCGACAUCAGGGCGUGAUGGUUGGCAUGGGACAGAAAGAUUCAUAUGUUGGAAAAGAGGUUACAGGAACAAAACCUGUUGUAGGAAGAGUUUUGGAAGAGUAUUCUUCAAAACAUAUAUUUAUGGAAGAAGACAUUGGUGGAACUUUGGAAUCCCCUGAAUCAGAAUAUGAGGGAUCCUCGGAGGAAACCCCAUUUAAGAGACCUAAUUUUAAUUUCAAUCCUGAUUUUUGUUUCCCCCCGGGUCAUGAGGAUUGGACAAGUGAACUGGAAUUGCCAAAGGAAAAAGCACAACAAACAGCAGUAAGAGGAUCAUCUCGAUUUCCUCGCAGAAUAGCACUUGCUGGUGUAUGUAGUGCACCACCUCGAAGUCAGAGGGCUCCACCACCACCACCACCACCAAUGGAAUCUUCUGAAUCAGAACCGGAGGGAGCAUAUGAAAAACCUGGUCCAAUUAAUCCUGACUAUGCAUUAGAACGGGUUGUUCCAACGCGGAUGACAAAAGGAGGUACCAAAUCUAAAGAAGAGGACGAAGACAUGUGUUUUGGUCUUUUUGAUGACGAUGUGUCAAUUGAAUUGCCAAAGAAAAAAGCACCACCUAGAGAAGGGAGAGAGCCACCUCCACCACCUCCCAGUAUACCACCUUGGACUGGGAGGGCUCCACCAUCACCAUCAGUUAGAGGACACAGAGAAUCUGAAGAAGAGGAAGAACUUGAAGACCAGUGGAUGAAUCUUUUUGAUGACGAUGAAUUGCCAAAGAAAAAAGCACCACCCAGAGAAGAAAAAAGACCACCACCACUUAUAAAGAAUAUAAUAACUCACGAUUCAUCAUCUGUUAGUGUAUCUGGUAUACCACCUCAAUCUCUGAGAGCUCCACCACCACCACCGAUGAUGAGAGGAGGCAAAGGGAGGGACAGAGGGGGAGGGGGAGGAGACCGACAAACUUUAUUGCAGUCCAUAAUUAGAGGACAAGCUUUAAAAAAAAUUCCAUCUCGGCCUGAAAAGCCCUCUGUAGAAGACCGCCGGGAUUUUGUGUUAAAAGCCCUUGAACAUGGAGCCAGUAUUCAGACUGAGGAGGAAGAAGUCGAUUGGGAUGGCUCUGAAGAGGAAGCGUUUGAAGAGGAAGGGAAAAAGGAAAGAGGUUAUGCUGCAGUGUAUGGUUCAAGAGAAAAGAAGAAGAGUGUGAUGGAAAAACGACAAAUGAAAGAUGAAAGUACUCCUGCACCACCACCACCCCCACUGAUAACUAACGAAGACACAUUUUUUGGAGCCCAAUCACAACCACAGAGUGGGAAAGGCUUUGGGUCAUUUCCACCAGCAUAUGGGGCCCCAGCUCCACAAUCAGCACCAUCAGCCAGCAGUCUGUUUGGAAGUAUGCAAGGUUUUGGCCCUCCUCCUCCCUUUGGGGCACUUACUUCAUCUAGUGUAAACAUUGCAUAUCAAUCCUCAUCAGUUUCCGGAAAAAGUGGAUCUUCUGGGUUUAGUUUUGGACAACCAUUUGGGGCACCUACACAACAUAUGUCUUCUAACAAUGUGUUUGGAGGUCCAGUCACUAAACUCCAAGUGCCCCAACAACAACAGUUGUUUGGAGUAUCCUCAGCUUUCGGAGGUGGACCACAACCAGUUCCUGAAAUGUCCCUACAACCCAUGGGGGCAGCUCCUUUUGGAGGACUUCAACAACCAUUAUCAAAGAAAACACAUGGAUUUGCUGUUCCUGAACCACCCCCUUCAUCCCGUACUCCAAUAUUGCGGCCAUCAAAAUUUGGGGCAGGUCUGCCUCCCCAACCACCCCCUAUGGCAGCACCACCUGGAAGAGCUCCAUCACCAUCCCUUCCACCUCUUCCCCAGAUGUAUAUGGCAGCACAACCUGAAGGGGUUCCACCUCCUCUACUUCCACCUCGGAACACAAUUGAAGCACCCCCAAAACCUGAUUUAGCUUUUCACAGAUUUCGUAUGUUCUCAGGAAAGGAAAGCAUACAUCAACCUUCUCAAGCUCUAGAAAAACCAGUGACUGUAACUCAGCAUUCACCUCCAGCUCAAACAACAAAAACACCUGCAUUUUCCAGUAAUGCCAAGCAGGUGUCAUGGAGGAGAACUAUGGGGAUGAAAUUGAACCAAGACAAAGGAAUCGACCAAAAAGGAAUGGAAGAUAUAGUAUUGCUAGAUUCUCCACAAGAAAAACUACGUCAGAGUUUUUUAAAAGGAUCUCCCGAGAGAAAACAACAGGAAAUGGGAGACGAAAUAUCUGACAAAACCAUGAAAAAAGUAAAACCAAGAUGCUUUGGUCGUAGACUAAAAAAGAAGCUGACAAGAGAGGAUAUUUCUCUAGCAAAGGAAGUCGAGCCACUACUGGUAGAAUCUCAACAAGAAAUACAGCAUCUGAGUUUUACAGAAAGGUCUCCCGAGAGAAUGGAAAUGGAGUCUCAUUCACUAUUGCUGUUGGACGUCGCACCUCUUUCUAUAGGGGUAGAGGACGCCGAGGGAAAUUUCUGUGUAGUUAUCGCAAGAAACACCACGAUUCCUUGUCGGAAAGAACAGAAUUUCACGUGUAUUGAUAACAAACAGAGCAGAGUAGAUGUCAGAGUUUAUGAAGGAUGCAUGAAGGAGGCCAAGCGGAACCAUUUUCUGGGACAGCUCCAGAUUAAAAAUAUUUUGCCUUCCCAUCCUGGAAGCCCAUGGAUAAAAGUGACCAUUGAUAUUGACGCCAACGGAAUAACAACAGUUAAAGUUACAGACAUCAGAUCUCUGCGCUCUGAGUCCUUUAAGAUAGGAAAUGACAAAGGCAGACUGAGUCAAGAACAAAUUGAGCACAUGGUAAAGGAAGCUGAAAAAGAGAGAAUGAAAUCUGCUACAGAGCUUAUGCCAAGGACUUCAAAACUACCUGCGUUGCCAGUGGGAUAUGAAGAAAAAGCUUCUGAUGUAAACUCUUAUGGUAUUGGAUCUUCUGUCAGCAAUGUUCUUAAGGAGACCCCAAGACUGAAUAUAUCCUCACUACAAGCGAUGUUUAAUAUUCAAGAGAAUAAUUUAUGGAAACUUGGAGCGAAUUUGGAGGAGACUUUUGGAAUUGACAUCACAAAAUGUAUGGACAUCCUCCAGGGAGCAGGAUUAAAUUCACUUGGUAAAAAGGUUGGAGAUGACGUCCUAGAGUUGAUAUCUUCAGCCCUGGCCCUGCUCCUUAUCCUUAAAGUAAUUGUUCCAGAGUUAUUUCCUUUAGACUUUUCUAAUCAGCUCAGUCUUUUGUCUGCAUUCAUGAAAGCAGAAAAUAAACUAAAGAAAAUGAGCAUUGAAGGUGGAUUUUUAGAGGAAAGGCUAAGAGUUUCGGUGGAGACAUACAUAGCCAAGAGACAGAAAUAUGACUGGGUGUGUGAUAUGUUGGAAUUAGGUCAUACGUGGGAGGAGGCGGCCAGUAAAAUGCUUGGAUACACUUCAUCUCUGGAAACUAAAGCCCCUCUUUAUAUAGAAGUGAAACUGUAAAGGAUGACUGAGAUACGUGUUAUUGUAGAAAGAAGAUAAUUUAUAGAAUCAAAAAUAAUAUUAUAAGUGAUGUUUCCAUGUCUUAUUUUUUUCUAUUCAAGAUUUUCAUCUGUAGUGUGUUAUAUGCAAAUUGACGAGAUAAAUCUUCAUACAAAUUAAUGCAUAUAUUGAUUUAAAAACUUUAUAUCUAUUUUUCGUGAUUUUGACUUACUUGUUCUAUGUUUUCUUAUAAGUGGAUAAUGAUAGAAAGUCACACAUGUGAUGACCUUAAUUCUAGAAAAAAUAUCAUUCCCACUUGAUAAUCCAAAAUGUAUGCAUUUUGCACAAAGAAAAACAAUUAUAAAAAUUAUAAUUGGAAUAAACUUAUUUUGUUUUUUUUCUUGUAUACACUCAUUUAUAUGAUAUAGUGGGAUAUUUUCUAACCAUCAAUUUACAACCAUUUCUAAUGACUUGUGACAAGGAUAUAUUUGUUUUUUAUUAUACUUAUACAUU